AUGUCCUCUAAACCACCCAAUCCCGCCUCCUCUGCCUCGUUCGACGAGGUCAAGCGUUCCCUCCUUUCGCAGUCCUUCAAGUCUGGAGCGCUCAAAUUCGGGAGCUUCGUGCUCAAAAGUGGUCGAGUCUCCCCUUAUUUCUUCAACGCCGGACUGCUCAGCACCGGCUCUUCCCUCUCCCCCCUUGCCCAAGCAUAUGCCCAUACACUCCGCUCCCUACCCCAGUUCGACGUCAUCUUUGGUCCCGCGUAUAAGGGCAUACCUUUCUCCGCUCUCGCUACAUACGCGCUGUUUGAGCAAGGAGUCGACGUGGAGUAUGCAUACAACAGGAAGGAGGUGAAGGACCAUGGGGAGGGGGGUUCAACGGUCGGGGCGCCUCUGAAGAGGAAAAGGGUUGUGGUGCUGGACGACGUGAUGACCAGCGGGCUCGCAGUACGGGAAUCACUCGCCCUCAUCCGGCAAGAGGGGGGCGAAGUAGUGGGCGUAGUCGUACUACUCGACAGGGAGGAAGUGGGCCGGGAAGGGAAGAGCAGCGUGGAGGAGCUGAGGGGGGAGGGGGUAGAGGUGCGCGCUGUAUUAGGGAUGGGGGAUUUGGUGCGGUGGUUGGAGGAGAAGGGUAUGGGGGAUGAGGUGGAGAGGAUGGGGGAGUAUAGGGAGCAAUAUGGGGUUAAGCACUGAGCGGCGUGUAUACUGCAAUAAAAU